AUGGAGCUGCCCCCCUCCUGUUUCCAGUCUUCCCUGGAUUUCUGCCCCGAGUGCGGCUCCGUCCUGCCACGGCCGGGCCCCCAUAGCACCAUCCACUGCCCCCGCUGUGCCUUCACCCUCCGCAGCGCUGAUUUUGAAGGUAAAAUCAUCCGCAGCACCAUAGAGUUCAACCGGCUGGACCCCACGGCGGGGAGGGGGUCGGAUCCUGCGCCCCGCCUUGAGGGACCGCUGGUGGAGCGGCGGUGCCCGCGCUGCGGCCACGAGGGGAUGGCGUACCACACCCGGCAGAUGCGCUCGGCCGACGAGGGCCAGACCGUCUUCUACACCUGCCCCCCACUGCCGGUUUCAGGAAAAGGAGGAUUCGUGACUGGGUAUUUGCUUCGCUCGGGGGUAUUUGCCCCCUCCCAUGUGGGUAAUAAAAGCCCCCCCCCAGGGUUUUUAUCCGUGGCUGUGCUUGGGGGUGUCUCAGUUGCCCCCUCCCAACACCUCUUCAGCCCCAUCUGCCUGCCCCGGUCUCUGAAUUACCCUUCAGCUCCUCUCUGCCCACCCCUCAGGGCUUAUCUGCCCCCCCAAAACUGCCCCCCAACCCCCAGCACCUAUCUGCCCCGCAAACGUGCUGCCUGUCCCCCCCCUCCCCGCCCAGCCCCCAGGCCCUAUCUGCCCCUACAUACUGUUCCCUUGGCCCCUAUCUGGCCCUCUAAGCCCCUGAGUUAACCCCUUUACGCCCCCAAACUGCUCCCUUGGGCCCUAUUUGACUCCCCUAGCCCCUGAAUGUCCCCUCAG